AUGGAAUAUGAAAAUGUUUUAGGAAUCUUUAGUCCUGAUGGUAGACUUAUACAAGUUGAAUAUGCACAACAAGCUAGCGAACAAGGAUCAUUGGUUGUUUUCAGUAGCGAUAAUGAGAAAAUAUGCGUGAGUUUAGAAAUCAAAACUCACAAUAAAAUGUUAAUUGAUCAGAAUAAAUUACAGCUUGUUGAUAAAGAGUUAAAUAUCUGGUAUACUUUUUCCGGUAUAAAACCUGAUUCUUAUCAAGUUCUUAAUGCCGCAAGGAGUAUUUGUAGGAAUUAUAAAAUUAAAACUGGAACAUCUAUAACUUUUGACGAACUAGCGUAUAGUCUUAGUGUAUAUAAACAACAGUUUACUCUUAACUCUAGUAUGAGACCACUUGGUAUUAGAAGUGUUUUACUACAAGUCGGUGAUACACCUAAAAUUUAUAUUGUAGAACCAGAUGGUAAUUAUUCUGAGUACAAAUGUGGUGCUGUAGGGCAAAAAAGUGUUAGUGUGUGUGAUUAUUUAGAAAAAUGUGAUAAUGAUGAUGUUAUUUUUAGAAGUAUAAGUGGAUUGGGUACAGUUGUGCAAAGUGAUAGAAAUAAAGUCAGUUCAUUUAUAAUUACAAAAGAUGAAUGUAAGGAAGUUAAAGGAGAUGUUGUUGGUGCAAUAAUAGCGAGUGUAUCUGUUAAUUAA